AUGGCCUACGACCCUUCAGGCGGCUAUGCUGCUGCCGCCAGCAAUGUCCCGGACGCCUUUGANCCCUCACUACCCGUCUUCGACGUCCAGCGAGUGCAGCUCCGCUUCGAUAUAUCCUCCGACUUCGUCGCUGCCCAAGUCGCCAAUAACGUUCUAAUCCUUGCCCUCUCUACCGGCCGUAUCCUGCGUUUUGAUCUCGACAGCCCUGAGGACAUCGACGACAUCGAUCUGCCCAAGAAACCCUCCGAGAUUGGUGUCAUUCGACGUCUGUUCCUCGACCCCUCGGCCUCCCAUCUUGUUGUUUCGACCACCCAAGGGGAGAACUACUAUCUGCACACCCAAUCACGAACACCAAAGCCAUUGGCUCGUUUAAAAGGUGUUCAGAUUGAAUCAAUUGCUUGGAACCCCUCACAGCCGACCGCCUCGACCAGAGAGAUCCUGAUCGGCGCUUCCGACGGCAACAUUUACGAAACAUACAUUGAGCCCAGCACAGAGUUCUACAGAAGAGAGGAGAAAUACUUGAAGACUCUAUACAAUGUUCAGGAUGGUCCCGUCGUCGGUCUGUCCGUCGACAUCUCCUCAGAUGCGCGCAGCGUCCUAGUAGCCACACCUACAAGAUUGUUACUCUUCGUUGGGAAAGGUGGCCGUCAAGACAGCGGUUCGAUCUAUCCCAGGCUUCUCGAGCGGGAGACGCCUGUGGUCCACCACCUAAAAGAUGCAACUUCAGGUCCCUCCACUUUGGUCACUAUCUCGGAACCGGCAGAUGCAUCUCUGGCAGAGUCUGCCCAGGAGAACGUCUUUGCCUGGCUAAACUCCCAGGGUGUAUUGCAUGGAGACUUUGCUGCUUUAGUUUCGAGCGCAGAAUCGAGUCCGUUCUCGGCAGCAAAAUUGUUGCCAAAAUCGGUCAUUCCUCCUUCUCAGACUUCUGGAGGCCGAAACAAGCCCUCCUUGGAAGCUGUAUCGUCUAUUUCUCUAACACAGUUCCACAUCCUCCAUCUGAUUGAAGGUCGUGUAGUCGCAAUCAACAGACUUGAUGGUAGUCUGGUCUAUGACCAGCUUGUUUUGGAACCUGGCAAUGCACCCCUCGGCCUGUAUACGGACCACAAGAAGAACACCUACUGGCUUUUCACUCAGCGCGAGAUCUUCGAAGUUGUUGUCACAGAUGAAGCCAGAGACGUGUGGAAGAUAAUGCUCCGGAACGAGCAGUUCGACGCGGCAUCACGCUACGCUAAAACUGCAGCACAAAAGGAUGCCGUAGCUACCGCGUCUGGAGAUCAUCUUGUCUCUCGAGGCCGCUUUUCGGAAGCUGCGACUGUCUAUGGCAGAAGCACGAAACCAUUUGAGGAGGUCGCUCUUACUUUUAUCGAUCAAGGAGAGCAAGAUGCUUUGAGGAGAUACCUCUUGACAAAACUCUCUGUCCUCAAGAGAUCCUCAACAAUGCAAAGGAUCAUGGUUGCUAGUUGGCUGGUCGAGCUGUUCAUGGCCAAACUUAACCUCCUAGACGAUACAAUCUCGGCCAAAGCGGAGCUCUCUGACGCAGCUCCCAUUGCCAACGUAGAAGAAGAUCUUCCCUCGAUGCGUCGCGAGUUCCAAGAAUUCGUCUCCAAGUACAAGUCUGACCUGGACAGAAAGACGACUUAUGAAUUGAUCAGUAGUCAUGGCCGAGAAGAAGAGUUGCUUUACUUCGCCAACGUCAUCGACGAUUAUAACUAUGUUCUAUCCUACUGGGUGCAAAGAGAACGAUGGCAGGAGGCAAUGUCAGUCCUGAAGAAGCAGACUGAUCCUGAGAUCUUCUACCAGUACAGCAGUGUUCUCAUGACACAUGUUGCCGUUGAGCUUGUAGAAGUCAUGAUGCGACAAAACAAUUUGGAAGCUAAGAAACUUAUACCGGCUCUCCUCAACUACAACAAGACGGCAGACGUCCCAUUAAAUCAAAGCGCUUCUCAUGAGCAGAACUAUGACGCAGACUUUGCUCUCCGCCUCUGUAUUGCCCACCAGCGCGUUCAAUCAUGUGUGCAUAUUUAUUGUACCAUGAACCAAUAUGCUCAAGCUGUGGACAUGGCGCUCAAGCAUGAUGAAAUGGAUCUAGCAGCGAAUGUAGCUGACCGACCUGGAAACGAUCCUGCCUUGCGCAAGAAGUUGUGGUUAAAGGUUGCCAANAAGGUCAUUGGCCAGAGCAAAGGCAUCAAGGCCGCGAUGGAAUUCCUCAAGCGCUGCGAGUUAUUACGCAUCGAAGACUUGAUCCCCUUCUUCCCCGACUUUGUGGUCAUUGAUGACUUCAAGGAAGAAAUCUGCGCUGCUCUUGAGGAAUAUUCACGACAAAUUGAGGGAUUGAAGCGGGAGAUGGAUGAGAGUGCCAACACCGCGCAACACAUCAAGGAAGACAUCAAGUCCCUUGACCAGAGAUAUGCUAUCGUUGAACCUGGCGAGAAGUGCUGGAGCUGCAGGCUUCCCCUAUUGAUGCGCCAGUUCUUCGUGUUCCCUUGCCAGCACUCUUUCCAUGCCGAUUGCCUGGGCAAGAUGGUGCUUCAGAGUGUCGGGAUUGGCAAGAGCAAGCGCAUCAAGGAGUUGCAAACUGAGGUCGGAAGAGCUGUUGUCACGGGGAAGAAACGAGAACGCAUGGUCAAGGAGUUGGAUGCACUAGUUGCAGGCGCUUGCGAGAUGGCUGUCAAACGCAUUGACGAGCCCUUCGUCACUGCCAACGAUAACAAGAACGAGUGGGCCAUCUAA